UGAAGUUCCUUCAUGGUACCGCGGCCCAACGUCGCUUCAUUCAGUCAGCUGAAAAAACCGAAGCUUCGGUGCGAGAUCGCGCUUACUCUCCGGUUUGUCGGACUUUGUGACGGUCGUACUAUCGUGUCUAUCGUGUGUUUGAACGAUUGUUUGUCCGCCAAAACAUUUUCCAUCUUGUGCGCGAUGUAGUUUGCGUGGGCGAUCGUCGCCGGGUACCGAUUACGGGUACCACCCUCCCGGAAUAUCAAUAAAACUACGAUGGCAAAAUGGAUUCUCCUGAUACUGUCAGUAUCGCUGCUGGAGGUCCGCACGAACUUUGAGCCGGAAGAGAACUACUGCGCGUUCAGCACGACCGCCAAAGGCCUGGAACUGAACUGCACGCACGCCAACAUUCACUACUUCCAAAAUUUGCGGACUCCGUUCAACAAGACGUACAAGAUCUCCUGCGACGAUUGCUUCCUGAACGUGUUGGACGAGUACAGUUUCAACGUUCCUCGCAGGAACAACGUCAGCGUGCUCAACCUGCAUAGCGCUAGGAUACGAGUGUUGAAAAAGUUCGCGUUCAAAAAGUUUUAUAUGCUCAAAGUGUUGAAUCUGAGGAACAACAGCGUCAACGUGCUCGAUCCGUUAUGUUUUUAUGGCGCGAAGAGAUUGAUACAGCUGGAUCUGAGCAACAACGAGAUGCAGAUUCUUACGAACAACCUGUUUCUGGACCUGGAAAAUUUGGAUUUGCUGAAUUUGAAUUUCAAUCAGAUUUACAACGUACAGCCGGAAGCGUUCGCGGGACUGGCGAAUCUCAAAUAUCUGUAUUUAAGUGACAACGAGCUGACCAGACUCGAAGAGAAUGUGUUCCGUCAUUUGAUACGGCUGAAGAUAUUGCAUCUGGAACGAAACCGGAUCGUAGAAAUCCACCAGAAUGCUUUCGCGAAUCUGAGAAGUCUGAAUUUUUUGUAUAUGAAUAACAACAGUAUUACUUACCUGGUACAAUAUAACUUUAAGCCGUUGACUAGUCUUCUAGAUUUACAGUUAAUGUAUAAUAAUCUGACCGAGAUCCAAACGAGUACCUUCAACGGUAUGAAAAACCUCAAAGCGCUGCAUCUUGCUGUCAACAAAAUUAGCCUCAUCAGGCGAUAUGGCUUCGUUGGGCUGGACAGCCUCGAAAUGUUAGACUUGUCUUACAACCAAUUAAAAUUCGUUUGGUAUUUUGAUUAUUUCAGCAACUUGGAAAACUUACGGUACUUAUUUCUAAGGAAAAAUUACUUGAGUGAGUUCUUGUUGAACUUGAAGUAUGAAAUCCAAAGUUCCUUGUCGGUUUUGGAUAUCAGUCAUAACGAACUAGACAGUUUCAGCUUGAAGCUGUUCUAUAGCUUCCCGAAGCUGGUCGAAAUAUUCGUAGAAAGCAACCCGUGGGACUGCGACUUCUUCACGGGUUUGCUAGUAGAUUUCGACAAGCGUAAUGUAAGUGUGUGUUGUAGCAGCGAUUGCAACAGAAAUUCGACGGAACAGUACGCCGAAAAAAUAUGUUAUAAGUCUACAGCUACAGAUACUGAGUCCGAUGAUGAAGCCGACAGCGAUUUUGUCACGGAUUGUUCUGUGAUUGUAUAUCCUCGUGCAUUGUUGUUAACUAUUGCUUUGAUUUCCGCAAUGUGUCUUUAGUAAUAUUUAUUACGUGAUACCAGUGAAUAAUCCUAUACAUAUGUGACAGGGUAGUUCCAAAAUCAAUGACGAUACUUCUAAAGCAGAAAGUACAUUUGAAAACCUCGUAUGAAUUUUUCAAUUAACAGGAAGAAACUAUGAAAAUCACAAAGCUAUGUACAAAAACUGUAAUAUAUUUAUAUUUUGAAGGCUGUGUAAGGUAAAAAUUCUCUUUUGUGUUUUCUAUGUACGUUCAAAUGUAUGUAUUUUAUUAGAUAGUGC